GUGAUCAACUGCCUACAGACAAAGAUGAGGCAUACCCAUCUAGAGGUAUGGCCUCGCAUUACGAAACGAGCUCUAGCUGAUUCAAAAAGUGCAAUCUCCGCAGCCAUUCAUUUGGACCUUGGCUCGCGACGUGCGCCAACGCUUAGCCAGCAUCGCUAGUGACGAUGCCAGACGUAACGAAAAGUCAAUCGCAACUUAUACCUUGUCGCAAACGAUGAGAACAUCCACAAAUUCCUCACGUCUUCCCAUACCGUCAAAAGCCCUCUUGUUUCACCUCGCGCAGGUUGCCGAUUUUCACCUUAAUGCAACUUGUUCUUUCUCUGAUUACCUGACCCUUGAAAAACAGUGGAACCGAGCACAUCUCCAAUCUGUGCAAAGUCAGCCUGAUAUAUGGCAAGUCAAGCUCUUGAUGGUUGCCGCCACGGGGAAAUUGUUUCUCGAGAAAGGAGCCACCAACCUCGGUCCUCCUGGAAUCCAGGAGUUUUUCCAAUGCGUCCAGGCGUUCUCCGCGAUCGUUUGCAGGAUUCAAGAUCCAUCCACGACAAUAGAAACGCUUUGCCUGAUGGCAUUUUAUGCGCAGUCAGCAGAUCUGCAUACUGCAGCACAUCUCUACAUAGGACAAGCAGGUCGUCUAGCCCGCUCCUACGGCAUGGACAGAAGUGCAGAAGGAUCAAAACAUCAGAUACUGUGGUGGAAUAUAUGUGUCCUUGAUCAAAGGUUGGCGGCAAGCAUCAAUACGUGGCCCGACUUCCAUAUCCAUGAUGAGAACCUCCACUGGAUUGCGUCAGAUGAGACUCGUGGAGUAUCUCCUGACUUCAGAUUACGAGUCAAUCUCGCCAUUGCGCACAUCUUGACGGAAGUGAACAAGGUAACCUCGAAAUAUGAACGCACGAGUUCUAUGAGUCUGGCUUUUGUCACCGCAGUGUCCCAGCAACUGGCGGCUCUGACGAAGGUGGGAAGGUCAAUCCGAACCACAGAAUCUCUCUGUCAUGGUGAUUCACUUGCGACAAUAUCCAGGUCAGCAGCGACUUUGCAUCUCUUAUACUGCCACUGCAUCAUGAGAGCCUGCAUACCCUUUCUCCUACAUCGCUUAACACCGUCCAUCACGACUGGUCAAAUAGACGGCCACGCUUCGAUCAAUAAUGCUUAUGAGCCUGUAUUAGGGAUGAUGAAGGUUGGCGUCAAUGCUGCCACACUCAGCCUCAACAUAUUGUCAGCUCUGCGAGAACAGAGCUUGCUUGAAAUCUUUGCAUUUCUAGAUAACGAGGUUACUUUCUUAGCUGCCGUGCUGCUCGUCCUUGUCAACAUCAUUAGCCCGGGCACUACAGACACUUCUUUCAUUGAGGUGGCGAACGGUGUGUUACAAGAUAUGGCGUCCAGAGGGAACAUACCAGCCGAAGCACUCAAAGACACAUUGACGGAUAUUUGCGAGCUCGCGGCCGGCUAUUCUUCUACCCACAGAAACCGCUAUGGUCGUCUUCUUACUGUGGUCAAGGACGCGGAGACACUUAACAGGGCUAUUCUCAAUGUGAUAGACAUCCCACAGCCCGCAAUUGAACGGCCUGAAGAUAGCGCUGGUGAAAUUGUGCCACCUGUUGCAGAACUUCCCACCGCCAGUCAGAGCACCAUCCCAUCAGUACAGCUGGUACCAGCACCAGGUCGAAUGGAGCCUUCUGCCAGUUUCUGUAUCGACGACUUUGACGCAGUCGCGAACACUUUCGACUUCGACACGGUCGACCUUGACUGGCUGGACUUUGUAUGACAUUGGCAUUUGUUAUCAAUCUCAAGACCGUCACUUAUUGAAUAUGAGGUAUACGCGACGGAGAAAGUUCUAGAUAGGCUUUUAAUCCAUGGAUCAUGCCCAUGUUUACUCAUACCAU